GAUUAAUCCGUCCGAGCCGUUGACGAAUCACGAUCGUUCGCGACAGGCUCGCACUGUCUCGAGAUUUUGGGGGUUAGUUCACGUGACGACUCGGCAGGCCGACGAUCGGUACGUGAAAGAAUCGGGAGAAGCACUCAGUUUCUGUUUUUGCAUGCCGCGCGAUUGCGUAGAUUCGUGAUAUCAUCGCCUCUAUGUCCCUCAGUACCACAUUCGAAUUUCAAAUAAGUUCCCACGUGUGCACAUUUUUUCGCUCAAACUCUCCAGCCAUUUGCAGCAGUAUCGCCAUCCUAGUCGAACGCGAUCCCGAACGAUUAUUCAUCCCGAGAUGAUGAUAUGCGACGACAAAUAAAGAAAGAAACUAGCAAUGUGCGCAUUUUUUUAAGAGAGAUACAAAAAAAAGAGUGCAGUUUCAGGACAGUUUACUUCAUUGUUUCAAUCAUUGGCUCAUACUCGACGGAUGAGAGAUAACAUAAGUGUGGGGGAUGUAAUGUGAUUUUUCUAGUUGUAGUUGUCUCAACGACUUUAAACCGUGUAGUGAAAGUGUCUUCCAUGUCAGACAAAAGUUGAUAUUAAUUUUUAAAAGGUGAAUAGACAUAACGAUGGUAGAUACGCAACACUUCUGCCUGCGAUGGAAUAAUUACCAGAGCAGCAUUACUUCGGCAUUUGAAAACCUGCGAGAUGAUGAGGAUUUCGUGGACGUCACAUUGGCUUGCGAUGGCAAGAGUCUCAAAGCACAUCGCGUUGUUCUCUCUGCCUGCAGUCCGUACUUUCGAGAGCUACUUAAGAGCACACCGUGUAAACACCCGGUGAUAGUACUUCAAGAUGUUGCAUUUAGCGAUUUGCAUGCACUGGUGGAAUUUAUCUACCAUGGUGAAGUAAAUGUUCAUCAACGCUCUCUUAGUAGCUUUCUUAAAACUGCCGAAGUCCUCAGGGUGUCAGGACUCACGCAACAGGCUGAUCAAAGUGACAGGGAUGAGGUAAGGACGAAUCUCUCGCAUGUUCGUGCGCUGGCUGCUGGUGGCAACCACAUACCUCCGCCUGAAAAGCCGAAUUAUGAGGGUUUCCCUCGAGGAGGUUCACCACCAACUCCUGUAACCCCGACACCUACGACAGUACAACAGUUGCUGCGCAGGGCGCAGAUUCGCAGGAACGAAAGACAUACCCCGGACCCACACGACGAAAGUAUAAAAAGACCCAGGGUAAUAUCACCACCCCUCAACAACAAUGAUGCAACGCCAACGGAUUUUUCGAUGGUCAAAAAUCAUCUGUCGAAUAAAAUUGAGGGAAAUGGCGUUCACGAGGAUAACAGUCCAAUAGAAGAUUCGAUAAAGUGCGAACCUCUGGAAUUGACUGGAGGCAAUGGUGGCACAGGUCCCCACAAUGAGGAUUCUUCGGAUUCUGGCGCGGCGGCAUCGGAUCGACCACCUGCAUCGGCGAGUAGUAACGAGCAUGAACCUGAACCCGAACAUCCACCUACGCCUAAUUAUAUGCAAGAAAGUAAACUUUUUACUUCGACGCCAGGAAGCUUCAAUUUUAGUAUGGCGGCGCUCACCACAGACCAUUCACCAUUGUCAGUGAAAUUUCCAGGUUUGGGUCACGGGUUGCAAACACCGGACUUGGCAGGAACUUCGCAAGGUACGGGCAACGGGAUGCAUCCCGCACCGACGACGCUUUCCUCUGCCGUGUACCGGAUGCCACCGCCGACGGCCGGUGGCAUAAACGAGCCUCAGGAAUGUCCUUACUGCCGACGUACCUUCUCCUGCUACUACUCGCUGAAACGUCAUUUUCAGGACAAGCACGAGCAAUCGGAUACGCUCUACGUGUGCGAAUUUUGCAAUCGCAGGUACCGCACGAAGAAUUCACUGACUACGCACAAGAGUCUCCAGCAUCGGGGCUCCAGCGGUAUGCUAAAAAGGUUGCUCAAGACUUCUGCAAUUAAGAAUGUCCUUGGCAACAUGCAGCAUGUGCAACUGCAGCAGCAACCCCAAUGAAAAUGGUGGUAUCAUCAUGGUCUCCCCGGUCCCACUCAUUACCAUCAGUAUCGUAAUCAGUAUCAUUCAUACCGUCGCCAUUACAACGGUAAUCACAUUACUUGCAACAAUUAUACUCGGGGAAGCCAUGAUAAACCAGGGACGUGGGGAUGAUUUUCGUUGCACGAAAAAGUCUCCACAGAGACUAAUUUCCGUUCGGUGGAAAAAAAUUUUCUGACUUUUUCUAAAGCAACGACCUUGACCUCACUUCGUCGGCAUCAGAUUGAAGGUUAGACCUCACCGAUCUGCGAUUACGUCUUUCCGUUCUUCUACUAAGAAUUCAAGACUGCUUUUAAUCCAAAGAAGAGGGAGGCAUGGACUACUAGGAAGAAUCCAACGAAGAAAAUGCUUAUUAUUAUUUUAAGCAAAGUCAACUUUCGAUUAGGAACAUUCCAAACACCCACCUUGGGUGAUUAUUCGACUUUAUUUAAAUUUAUUAUUCGAAUGCGAAAUUUAUUGUUCGAAUUUAAUUGGCCAUAUAAUAUUAUCCUAGCCCGAGUACAGGAUAUGCACGCUAUCAAAAUCAAAGAUAAUCUCUAGUUCUUUGGCUGAUAAUCGUUAUCUAUAAGGAGACCUACUUCGCGAAUUAGCUUUAUUGAAUGAUCGAAAAAAGAAGUCCUUGGACUGACAUAUUAUUAUUAAGUGCGUUGGGUGCAAAUUGCAGAGUGCAUACCAAGGUUUUGGUAGACUGAGUAAUUGGUAGGUCAAAAGUCGAGAAAAAAAAAUCAGCGUGAAUAUCUUGUACUGGAGAAACUUUCUGACAUCAAAUUGAUCUCAGCUAAAAAGAUUUAUUAUUGAAAAGAUUUGAAAACUUGUGAUAAAUUUUCUAGAUAAUUUUUUGAAAUUUGAAUAAUUUUUUUGAAUUAAAAUAAUUUUCUAAUGCGUGAUUGCCACCGAGGUCAUGGUGCAGAAGGAGAAUUGUAAUAGUAGAGAAGACGAGCGUGCGCCGGCACUCGCGUAUUACAGUAUGCGUAUAAAAAAAUGUGUACGAUGAGUGUGGAGCAAGGAGUAUCUAGUGUAAACAAUAUACAUAUUAUUUUAGUAAAGUCGAGGGUACGAAAGAUAAAAAGGAAACAAAAAUUAGGCAAUACUAUUCAUUAUCUUAGGCCUAAAUGAAAUUCAAUUACAAAAUCUAAUAUGCUCAAAUUCAACAAAGUCUCACAAAUCCAAUGCAAGGGAAUGGUUAGCUUUGGAUAGGAUUGGGGAAGAGGGAGAUGAAUUAGGGGUGUAUAAAAGUAUAAAUUCUACCGGGUUUUUGAUGAAGAAAAAAAAGUAUGGUGUAUAGGUCCAUUGCGCGCGAAAAUUACAAACUAUAUUUUUAACUCUUUAAAAGUAAUAUUUUGAACUGUGUAUAUACAUAUUAUAUAUUCCUACGAUACUAACGCGAAACGAUAUUCUCACGUUCAGGUUUUAUAAGUCUUGCGACCUUAUAGAUAAAUCACAAGCAAAUCGGACAGUGGAAAAACUUUUAUACCAUUUUAAAGAAUCCUUUUGCAAGAUAUUUCAUUUUAUCCAAUUGUCUGUGUGUUUUACAUUCACCAUAAAGGCUCAAUCGCGAAAUUUAAAAUAUAUAUCGUUUUGCCUUACUUUUCUAGUUUCAAACACAUUUUACGAAAUCUUCCACAGUCCGAUUUCGUAACAAUUCAUCCGUACAAGUGAAAAGAACUCUAAAGUUGUUCACCGUAACAUAUUCAGGUCUUAAUCUCAGCGUAGAGGGAGAAGAUAAAUUGAUGUUUUAUCACGUAAGCGCAAGAAAAAUGCCAUUAUAUAGCUAAAACAUAAAAUGGAGCAAGUACAAAUUAUUGACGAAAAGAUAGAGCAGAGUUGCGUAUCGCAUUUACGUUUCGUAGAGCAAGAAAAAAAGUGAGGAUAGCUGAGAAUUUAAAUUACGUCUUUAAAAUUGCCUGUGACGUUCGCUCGACAAGGAAAAAAUUUAUUUAGACAAAAAUCCAAACUCCUUCGGACAUAUCUCUAAGCACGAAGUAUACCUUGAAAAUUAUACGAUUCUAGCAUUAGUAGCCUUCGUAAGCGGUGUGCAAACUCAAAGAAUUUCGUUAAAGUAUGAUAUUUAUGUACUAGAAAUAAUCUUCUUGUGCGGCUCGUACAUAAUGUGGAUAAAAAGCGAGAUUGGCGCAUGCCAGAUUGCGAGAUGUAUUGUAUAUUAAUCUUAAAUUAUUUUUUUCGGACUCCAAUCGUUAAUGAACGGUGGAAAACUUUUGCUAGUGAAAUUGUACCUAGUCAUUUUCGGAAAUUCUGUGAUUCUGUGAUAUUCGAUGGGAAAGGCAAAUCUAGAAGGGUACGAGGAGGAUACAAAAAUUAUAUUCCCGCAAAAAUUCCACAUUAUGACGACAGCGCAGAUUAUAUGUAAAAGCUAAAAAAGUAUGAAUUGGCUCUCAUAAUAUUGGGAAAUUCUGUGAUGUUCUUCAGUUUUAUAUACUAAGGAUGGAUACUGAGGUUGUUUAAAAAAACGUAUACGGAAUUACGUCGAUGUUUAGUGUUGUAUAAAUUUUAAAACGACUGCACAAAGAUCUUCCGACGGCUGAAGUGUAAGUUGGAAAUCACUGAAAAUCACGACAACUGAUCCGGUUGAUGUUAAAAAUACUUUUCUUUAAUCAAAAGCUGCAUUGGAAAAAAAUCGGUACGAUACCAAAGGAGAAUUGACUGUCUUUUGUUUUGUUUUGAAGGCGAUACCAAAGUUUAUAAUUAUAUAUUAUUAGGUCGAGGAAAAUGCACAGAAAAUUGUCUCAACGGGAUCAGUUUUCGUUGUGAGUCGUGGUUAAUUUGUACAAGUUUCGACUAACAUAUCUUUCCGGGAUACAUUUGACCCGCCGUCUGUUUAAACAUAAUUUAUAUCAAAGCGAAAUUAUAGCAAAGAUAUGUAAUAUAAAACCUAUGAUAUACUAAUGUGCCAACAACACCUUCAAAAUUGCAAGGGAAUUAGGUCUUUUACUAUUUACACUGAAUGUAGCUAGAAAUGCGUCAUAUCUUACAAAGAAAAACACGAUGACCAUUAUUGUCAUUGUUCUAACAAUUAUCGUCAUGGGCGUAGCGUUCAAAACAAAAAUUUAUUGUAUAAAAUAUUAAGGGACUCUUCGAAACCUAAUGCAUGGAUUCUUUCGUCUCAUACAUUAAGAGAAAAUCUCUGGGAAAGCAAAUAUUUUAAACUAAUCUAUUUUUAUUUGCAACUUUAUAUCGUAAAAUGUACAUAUGCAGUACCCUAAGGAACGGAAAAUCCGUUGCAAAUCCGAAAUGCGUUGACACGAACGAAUAGCUUUCGUAGUGAAGAACAAAAUGUUGCAAAGGUUUUGUUUUGUAAUUUGAGGAUUUGAUUGUGUUAUUAAUGAAACUUUACGUUUAAACGUUGACUUUGAGCUUUUGUUAAAGAGGAAUUCACUUGGCUUAGGAAGUUUUCUCUCACGCACAAUAUACUGACAUUUUUGGAAAUUAAUAUUUUGUUCGUUAAAUCCGAAACUUCCUUAUUGAAAAUUUCGGCAUCGCAAAAUACGUAGGAAACCACCUCAAAAACAACGUCGUAAAUUGGGAUGAUAAUUGACGUACUUUUUAACGACUAUUACGACAUCGUGACGUAAAAAAAAAAUUUUGCGUCCAUAGAGGGUUGUUUAUUUUAAAAAGUGUUUCGAAUUUUACAAAAAAAUUCGUAGAAACCUAAAACCAUAAUCGUCAAGUUCAUGAACGGCAUAAUAAUUAACAAAAUAGUUUUCUGCGUAAUUGGCUUAUUAGUUUAUUGCGACAUAUACAAUGUAAACAUAAGAUUCUAUUAAAGUUCAUUUGAGUGAACAACAUAAAAGUACAAACUAAGCGCUGGAUCUGAAAUGAACUUUGAGAAAAUCUUUUAUCUAGACUGGCAUUUUGUCAUCAUUGAGUAUUAAGCCAAUUUAUACCGAAAACUAUUUUGGUCAUGAUUAUGUGUGUUUUUCUAUUUUGUGUAUGGUUACAGGUUUAUAAGAAAUUUAUAUGAUAAAAUUCGCGGAACUUUUUUUUAUAAUAAGAAAGCUAUUUACAUCAAAUUGUUUACCAAGUCACCGACGUACGUCACGUCUUUGAAACUUUCAAUAAGGAUGGCCAGUUAAUAGUGAAUUCUCUUUCAUAUUGUAAUUUGAUUUUACAAAUAGCGGGCCUGAUGUUUUGUUGAAUUUUUAGAAAGUAACUCGGUAUGUAGGACGGUUAUGUUAAGUUGUUUUUGAAUAUGGAUUAAUUUGCGUUUGAGCCGGCAGCUGGUGAAGCUCAAGUUAAUUUUCCUGGCGCUGUGAAGAAACUAAUUUGAUAUGCGAAUUUACUUUCGAGAAGGCUGAUUUUUAUAAUUUUUAAAAUAUCAGUUUAAUGAAGGGAAUCAAAUUUAUUUGUAUUUGUUUUUUCCUUUUAUUCCUGAUUUAGAGGAAUCGACUGAUUAGACUGUUUUGAUUGGUUUAAAGUUUUCUUGUUGAUGUGAUAUUGACGUACCAAAGAGCAUUGGGAAAUUGUGUACCUUCUCAGACCACGUUUUGAUAUAAAAGGGUACGAUAUUUAAUGUAAUUUUCCAAUUUUUAGUGAAAAAUACUAUUCUCGAAAAUUAGAAUGAUACUAAAUUGUUUUUCUUCCAUUGACAUUUUUUGUUGUUGAAAUUUUCGCAUUACAGGUCUGAGAAUUUAUAAUUUAAAAACAAAAUCUUUUCCUUCAAGAGAAACUUUGUUUUCUUUAAUUUUUUUCAAAUCAAUAAUUCUUACUUUCGCUUUUAACAUUGAAAAGGGUAAAUGAACGAGCUAUAGAGGGAAAGAGAUCAACUUAAAAAAAUAAGGAAGUCAAAAAAACAAUACGUCUUCGAAUCGAAAGCUUAGGGAAUUUAAUUAUGAGAAAUUGUCAAAGAUAGGUGAGAAAGACUACUUAGAUUUAUUUUUAUUAUGUCUUCAAAAAGACUUUAAAUAUAAUAUUUAUAUUGUGCCAUAACUAAUAUUAACGAACCUUAAGUAUAAAGUAAUUGUUAUGAAAGUUUUUAAAUUUAUCGAAUGGGAAAAUUGCAAAAACACAGGUAUGGCUACUGUCUAUGGGUGUAACUAAUUGUACUGUAAUUAAGGAGUAGGCGUUAUCAUAAGUCAACUAUAUCAUCACGUUUACCGUAACAAGAGAAGUUAGAGUUUCAAACAAUCAUCUCUUCACCUAUCGUCUCUCACAUCAUGAUUUCAUGAUUUGUCCAGUAUAUCCUUAAUGAAAAUUAGUUUCACAGAAACUAAAAUACAUAUUGUUUAACAUCACGCAGGGUAUCAUCUCGUAAUCGUGCGAAAUUUAAUUUUCCCUGAUACGUCAAAGGACCAAAAACCACUUGUAGCUUAUUUAAGUGGAAAAACAACAUAUCAACAGUUGACCGAUAAUUUACACCCUCCAGGCAUUAUUGUUUAAUUUAGAUACAAACGCGUUUUUGAAGGAACUCUUUUUGCGAACUGAAAAUGACGGAAGCUAGGUAUAGAAAGCAGCAUAUCGAACGGUUGUCGGAGGAGAAAGAAGGAUACUAGUAUUUUAAUUUUACGUAUCGUGAAGUAUUCGGAGAGAGGUGGAAAGUAUUUGAAGGAUUUGAAAUGAGAAAACGAUUGCUUCAUAAUGACAACGAUUUUUCCUGUAAUAUAUAUUGUGUAUAAUUAACUCCUAUUCUCAACAAAGUUUUGAGUAAAUGAAAUCGUGAAAUAUUAUGAUAUUGUAAGAAUCCGCUCAGCUUGAAUCCUCUCUUCGAACUUUUGUACAUUAUUUCUUCGCACGAUCACGCCACUAUCAAUCAUAUCCAUAUUCAUCAUCACGUUUGUUUCACGCAACGUACUCUCCCUUUGGAGAAAUAUAAAUAUAACAAAUAGAUACAUACCUUAGGUUCAUCGAAAAUAGAACGUCUCGUGCUCUGAUUAUUCUUUACGUUUUAUCUUUAUUACAUCUUAAUUUUAAUAACUGAUUUCUUAUCAUCUACGCGAGUUGUAGUUCAAUUUUAGUUGAGAUACAUGUACGAUAGUGACUACGAGUCGAUGGCACGUUAUGUUAAUUUUUAUGUACAUACGUAUACAUAUUAUAUAUUAUAUUAUAUAUAUU